AAUUUUUUUUUGACACAAAAAAAUACGUUAACUAAAUAUUAAAAAACUGACCGAUUUUUUUUUCGGGUGAUAUAAAAGAUAUUAUCAUUUAUUAUCAUUUAGUAAACUAGAAACUCAUAGCCUGAAGACAUUUAUCUGUUAAAAAAAGUUAAACUGAAAACUACCGAUAGUUUUGUUAUACUUUUUGUUGAUUGACAUAACUUUCCUAUUGAUUACCGAUUGAUUAGUAUCUCUUAGAUUAGAAUCAGUUGUCUUUAAAACAAACAAAUCAAUCAAUCAAUUGGUGUUUCUAAAUGACAGUCAGACCCAUAUUGAUGACAGUGUCGGCAGUGGCAGUGGUGUUGCUGUUGUUGAUGAUUACCAGUCGUGCAAUUGAUGGCCAAAAACAACAUCGACUACGACGACAAACAACAGGCGGCAGACCUUUGGGUGGUAUUGUUGCCGACAACGACGCCGCCGCUGCCGAUGAUGAUACCAACAGUGGUGGUCGUGUAAUAUCUGCGGCACCCAUAGGUCUGGUGUCGGGACAGCCGCCCCAACAGAUCGGACAGAUUGAGUUCGAUGUCGAAGUCGAAGAGGAACAGCUCAAAGACGGCCAACAGGCGCCCAGAGUCGACAUCGUUGGCUCCAGAAAGGGUUCGGAAAAUUUGGACAAAACGGGUGGCAAUCGUGUAAUCACUGGAAUACCGGUUGAAAUGGCAUCCGAACGGACAAAAUUAGGUGACAUAGAGUUAGAUAUGGAUAUCACCGACAAAAGCAAAUCCUAUCGAAAGUCCAAACGACCCGAACUGGUUGUCCAUCCGAAAGCCGAGCAGAAGACUACCGGCAGCGGUGUCGACGGCGGCAGUGAUGGCCUCCAAACAUCAACAGCAGCUGAUGAUGAGUUGGAUAGUCUAUUAAAACUGGCCGCAAAUAACAUUGAUAACAACGGUGAUGAUGCUAAUGGAGCAGCUGAUAACGAAUCAGAUAGUGACGUAAAACUGGCCGCACAUAUGCCCGACAAUGACGCUAAGGGACAGCCGUUGUCAUCAUCAUCAGUGACCAAACCUCGGUUUAGGGAUCUAAUAACACCAAAUUUAUUUACCUUUACAUCUGAUGAUGUUAUCAAUACUACAACUAGUGGUUACGGUGGCGGUGACCAAUCGGCUAAUACCGAUGCCCCUCCAGUUAUAGAUACUACUAUCGGGUCCACCAAAUCGGGUGCCGCCGCCGCAGCCAUAACUCUGGUCACUACUACAACAACACUACCAUUGAUUGGUCGGUUGUUGGCCAUUGUGUGGCCAAUUGUUAUGCUAUUGUCGGCAUUAUUCUCGUAUAUAUAAAUUAGACAUUAAUUUUAUGUUUAAUAUAUAUAUAUAU